AAGAUGCUUAAGUAAUUUCAAGAUAAUGAAUACAUAUUUUAAAAAACUGUAACAUGUUGCAGCCACCAGCUAGAACAGCCAGAAUGUCCCCCCACAAGCACACCCACUCACCACCCACAAAGGAAAGAGAGAGAGAAGAGGAUGUUUAUUGAUCAAAGUCCACCAAGUUCCUUCUCUUUCUCUUUUAUUAGGAUAUAGCUUUAAAUAUUGAGCGAAAAUAUCAUCAUCAUAGUGAUUGCAGCCCUCCACAAAGCAAAAGAUGAGCGAAUAAUACCAUUUCUAGUCUCACAUUUCAUCAUUCCUGCCACCCACUUUUUCCCAAUAAAAUAUCAAAUCCCACCAGUAAUUACAUUAAUCCCUCCCCUUUCUCUUUCAGCUACUUCUGCACUAGCUCACUUUUCAACCAAUUCUAGCUCUCAAACCUAUAUCCCACUAAAUUUUCUUAUAUGUUUUUUCCUCUCCCCUUUAUGAAACAAAGCAGUAAAGGAUGAUGAUACCAUGAGAGAAGAAGGUAAACUUACAGGUCAUUUCCACUGUAGUAUUGUUGUUCUGCUUGAUAUGGUUUUCUUCAGGGCUGUGUUCCUUCUCCUGUUUCAGUGUCUGGUUUUGAAUUCUGGGACUCCAGUUAUUAUAGGUCACCACUACCCUCCUCAUAAGUCCUUGCUCACUGAUAAAGCAGCCCUCCUGGCCUUCAGGAAGUGCAUCACACAUGACCCCACUUCCACUCUAGCUAACUGGAUUGAAGCUGUUGAUGUAUGUAACUUCACUGGUGUUUCUUGUGACCGACACCGCCACCGUGUAUCGAAGCUCAGUUUGAUUGAUGUCAAACUUGUGGGAAAGAUUUCACCCAUCCUAUCCAAUCUCACGGGUCUUCGAGUUCUGGAUAUUGCUAACAAUUAUUUCUUUGGGGAAAUUCCUUCUCAACUUUGUUCUCUUCGAAAUCUUCAUCGCCUUCGCCUUGACAACAACAGUUUGGAAGGUCCCAUACCAACUUCCCUUGCUAGUUUGUCCAAGCUUACUGUAAUAAGUCUUAUGCAGAACAAGUUAAAUGGCACAGUUCCACCUUCUCUCUUUUCUAAUUGCACGUCGUUGCUUAAUGUAGACCUUUCCAUCAACUUGCUAACCGGAAGCAUUCCAGAAGAAGUUGGAAAUUGUCCAAAGCUGUGGAAUCUCAAUUUGUACAACAACCAGUUCAGUGGAGAACUUCCUCUUUCUUUAACAAACACUUCGCUCUAUAACUUGGAUGUCGAACAUAAUCAUCUUUCUGGCGUACUGCCUGCAGUGCUGGUAGGAAACCUGCCUUCACUUAGCUUCCUUCAUUUAUCAAAUAAUUAUAUGGUAAGCCAUGAUGGAAAUACCAAUCUCGAACCGUUCAUUAUUUCUCUUAGAAACUGCAGUAGUUUGGAGGAGCUUGAAUUGGCUGGGAUGGGGCUUGGAGGGAGUCUCCCCGAUUCUAUUGGUCAGCUGGGUGUCAAUUUUUCAGUUCUGUUUUUGCAGGAAAAUCAGAUAUUUGGAUCAAUUCCUCCAAGUUUGGCCAAGCUUUCCAAACUUGCAGGGCUGAAUUUGACUUCAAAUCUACUUAAUGGAACAAUUCCUGCAGAGAUAAGCAAGUUGUCGAAGUUGGAGCAGCUUUUCUUAUCACAUAACCUCUUCACUUCAGACAUUCCAGAAGCAUUAGGCGAGUUGCCACAUCUUGGAUUGUUAGAUCUAUCUCACAACCAACUUUCAGGUGAAAUCCCAGAGAGUUUCGGAAAUUUGACUCAGAUGAUCUAUUUGUUUCUCAACAAUAACCUGUUGUCAGGAACGAUACCUUCAGCAUUGGUAAAGUGCACAGGUCUACAAAAGCUGGAUUUAUCUUUCAACAUGUUAUCAGGAAGCAUUCCUCGAGAGAUAUCCGGGUUGCAAGAGAUAAGAAUUUUUAUUAACCUUUCUCAUAACAAUUUUCAAGGAAACUUGCCAAUUGAGCUUAGCAAGCUGAAAAAUGUUCAAGAGAUGGACCUUUCAUCCAAUAACCUCACUGGAAACAUCUUCCCUCAGAUAUCAAGUUGCAUUGCACUGAGUUUCAUAAAUUUUUCAAACAAUUUCCUCCAAGGUCAUCUUCCAGAUUCCCUAGGCGAACUCGCAAACCUUGAAUCAUUUGAUAUUUCUAAAAACCAAUUGUCAGGCAUGAUUCCAGCCAGUCUAGGUAAGCUUCAAUAUCUCACUUACCUGAAUCUUUCAUUCAACAACUUCCAAGGAAUGAUUCCGAGAGAGGGAUUUUUCAUAUCGUCCACACCUCUUUCAUUUUUGAACAAUACACUCCUUUGUGGGACAAUUCCUGGAAUACCAGCCUGUUCUAGCAAGAGAAAUCGGUUUCAAUCACCUGUAUUCUUGUCUGUGUUCAUUUUAAUCAUAUGCAUAUCAUCGUUCUUCUCAACAAUAUGCUGUUGGUUUUCUUGUCAACAUCUAAACGCAAUUAUUUCAGCACGAAAUAGUGAAUCAUCAAGGAGAUCAAAGAUGCCAGAUUUUAUGCACAAUUUUCCAAGAAUAACAAGCAGGCAACUAUCAGAAGCCACUGGAGGUUUUGAUGAACAGAGACUAAUUGGCUCAGGCAGCUAUGGACGAGUCUAUAGAGGCAUUCUUUCAGAUGGAACAACAGUAGCUGUUAAGGUUUUGCACACACAAUCUGGAAAUUCGACGAAAAGUUUUCACAGAGAAUGUGAAGUUCUGAAGCGAAUUCGCCACAGAAACCUUAUAAGAAUUAUAACAGCUUGUAGUCUUCCAGACUUUAAAGCUCUAGUUCUACCAUAUAUGGCAAAUGGAAGCUUGGAUAGCCAUUUAUAUCCACAUUCACCUGCCAGCUUGGCUUCUUGUUCUUCAGAUUUAAACCUUAUCCAAAGGGUGAAUAUAUGCAGUGAUAUAGCUGAAGGAAUGGCAUACUUGCAUCAUCAUUCUCCAGUCAGAGUCAUACACUGUGAUUUAAAGCCAAGCAAUGUUCUUCUAAAAGAUGACAUGACAGCUCUUGUUUCUGACUUCGGGAUCUCAAGGUUAAUGACUCCUGGAAUUGGAAGUGGUGCAGCUGCUGAAAACAUGGGAAAAUCAACUGCAAACAUGUUAACUGGAUCAAUUGGAUAUAUUGCACCAGAAUACGGAUUUGGUUCUACAGCCUCCAUGAAAGGAGACGUUUACAGCUUCGGUGUGCUAGUUCUAGAGAUGGUAACAAGAAAAAGGCCAAUAGACGACAUGUUUGAUGAAGGGCUAAGCUUACAUAAGUGGGUGAAGAGUCAUUACUACGGCAGAGUAGAAAAAGUAGUGGAUUGUUCUCUACAGAGAGUUUCAAGAGAUGAAUCACCUGAAGUGAAGAAAAUGUGGGAAGUGGCAAUCCGAGAGCUAAUCGAAUUGGGUUUGCUCUGCACUCAAGAAUCUCCAUCCACAAGACCCACAAUGCUGGAUGCUGCUUAUGACUUGGAUCGAUUAAAGAGAUACCUUAAUGGUGGCGACACCACAACAACGUUUGCUUCAUCACUUGGAAUUUCGUCCUCCACUCUUGACGAUGAUUCCAAUUACUCCCCACAAAUUGCCGCAGAAAGAAACAUGUAAAAAUGCCCAUUUCCUCUGUAUAUCCUUUUGACUUAUGUAAGGUGUCAAAAUCCCCAUUUGCUCCACUCGGUAAUUGGGGUUUGACAAUGAUCAAAAUCGCGAUUGUGGGGCUCGAAGCUUCUCCGGCGCUGAAGUUAAUGGAGAUUUGUGUGACAUGCGAGGCCACUGAAUCCGUAGUUGUGUGACGUAAUUGGGAUUAGGGAAGAAACCGGGGAACUUCAUAACGCCAUGUUUGAAAAAGAAAGACGUAUAAUUGAAAUUAUGAGUGAAAAAGGAUGAAAGAUUUUGAAUUUAUAGACGAAAUCGUUGAAUUUUGCGCUCUGGGCGUUGUCCUUUGGUUGUCCUAUUGCAUAAACCAAUCCGAGGAAGAAAUCAUAA